AAUGAACAGUUCCACAUCUGUCUCUUUGUAUCUGAAGUCAUUGCAUACAUAUACAGGUAUGUAUCUCAGUCAUGACCCUAUGGACUUCCCCCUUAGAACAAUCCACAGUCAGGCUGCCUGUGUUGCUUCUCUCUUUGAUCCUGCAAUCCUUGGGAUGCAGUAAAAACAUGAUGUAAGAAUUCAGAUUGGUAACCUGCUUGUUUUGGCCAGUGCCAGUAGGGUUUCUAAAGGCCACCACUUGAAGCCAUCUGAAAAUGUGCCAGCUCUUGUCCGAUUUGCUGCUGUUGCCUUUUUUUCUGGUAAGUCUGUCUGUCCCACAAACUGGGGCCACCUUGAACUGUGCAGAUUUGGUUUGUGGUGAGCGGGAAAGCUGUUGCUUUAUCAGCAAUGCCACAGAAACCCACAUUAAAUGCUGUAAGUUACCCUUCCAUGCCUUCCUGGACAAUGCGGGGUGGCUGCUAAGAAAACUCUCGGGACUACUGAUAUUGGGGGUACUUUUUGCUAUUGGCUACUUCCUACAACGGAUCAUAUGCCCCCAACCCCGCAGAUACAACAGAACAGAACAAGUGAGUCCUGCACUAUACAAUGAUUCCAUCAGUGCAUCCCAGGAUUCAUUGUUGGACAGAAUAAUGGUGUCCCAACACGAACUUGAGAUUCUUGGUCCUGCAGCUCUACACCUACCCAGCUAUGAAGAGGUGAAGUAUCUCCCCACCUACGAAGAGUCCAUGCGGAGUGCCAGCUCAGAUACACUCCGGACACUUGCAUCAAAUGAGACUCGAACCUGUGACGAAGUCCAGGUAGGACCAGAAGUGGUGAAUUCUGAGGUGGAAAACAGUGAUCAUGCAGGUAACAGCCGAUGUGAACAACACAGCCCUAGCAGACAAUGAACGCAUGAAAAAUUAUUUAAGAACUGCUUUGUGUUGUAGCACACACUACUCUGUUGACUGAAGCAUUAAAGCAGAGACAGCUUUCCCUACUUACAAGUGGGUUUUUGUUGUACAUAAGAAAAGGAAAGUGCUUAGAACAAAUGGAAACAUACUGGUGAUGAGACUGAACUGGCUGGCUAAAGUUUGUAAUGUUUCUCUGACUCUUUUGCUGGUUUGGGAGAAAGCUGCAGAAGUGACAUAGUUGUUAAUAACAAUACGGCUUGAUGAAGAACUUGUAAUUUUUAAACUUCAUUUAGGAAUAGGCUUGCUUGGUGCUAACACUCUUUUUCCCUUAUUGACACUAACAAAUGUUUGCACACCAUACAAAAAUGUGUUGUGACUAAUGGAAUAUGCAUAGCUUAGAGCUGUUUACAAUCAAUCCAGCUCAACAAGCAUGAAGCAGUCCUAAAGAGUUCAGAAACUGGAUGAUAGCCUUUAUGAUAAAGUUGCAAUACCCUGCAACUACCUGCUCAGGUAGAAAGCAAACAGUUCAGUGUGCAAUUUGUGCCUAAAAUCCAACUUUAGAAAACUUUUUGAUAUGUACAGUAAGUGAUUUUUUUAAUUAUUAUUUGCUGUUUAUUUAUGCUGCAGCUGCCUUUUAAAGCAGCAAACAAUGAUUUAGUUUAUUAUUUGUGUCUAAUAUACAAACCAGGGGAAGCAAUUUAAAGAUAGUCUACAAGUAGGUAAU